CUCCCACGGGAUCCUUCCAAGGAACAGCAGGUACCUGUGCGGUGAACAAUUCGACAACAAACUGCCUGGCUGUGGCCUCAGCGAAGACGGUCUAUCCAAUUCUAUUCCUGCACUGUUCUCUUUUGCUGUUUCUGCACCUGUCCGUUCUUCCUGAUCCAGCAUGCCUUCUGCAGCCGAGCUUAUAGAUUAACACUUUGUGGACAGGUAAGGGGUGAUCUCGCAUCAGAAGUCACCUUUUGGAUGCUGUCAACAGCCCACCUUCCGAGCUGCUUCUCUUUGUAACACAAAAAGGCUGUUUUGUACUUUUGCCAGCUGCUUCCCAUCAAGAGACUUGAUUCUGCAGAGGAGCCCAAAAAGAAUCUGCUCUCCUGGUCCUGUAUGUUGGUGGAAUAUUCUCCAGGGUCUUAUCAUCUGAUCUUUGAGUGGAGAAACCUUCACUUUUGUCCCUCGCUUUGAAGGCUUCAGUUUUCUUCCUUCUCACUUAAAGACUUCCCAUCUUUGGGUUGUUAAUCACCUCUUAAUCUGGGUGUCCCAGAAGGCAGGAGAGGAACAGCAUCCUGUGGGGGGUUAGGUGAAGACCACCCACAAUGUCCUCUGCAGGGCUAGAGAUCUUGGCCAUGGGCCUGUGCAUUUUUGGCUGGCUGGGGAGCAUUAUCUCAUGCGCUCUGCCCAUGUGGAAGGUCACAGCUUUCAUUGGGAACAACAUUGUUGUGGCACAAAUCAUCUGGGAGGGACUUUGGAUGAACUGUAUUGUGCAAAGCACUGGUCAGAUGCAGUGUAAGAUCUAUGACUCCAUGUUGGCCCUGCCUCAGGAUCUCCAAGCUGCCCGGGCCCUCAUGGUCAUUGCUGUGCUUCUAGCCAUCUGGGCCCUCUUGGUGGGCAUUGUGGGAGCCAAGUGCACCAACUGCGUAGAUGAUGAAGGUGCCAAGGCCCGCAUCGUCAUCACCUCCGGCGCACUCUUCAUUGUCUCAGGGCUUCUCACCCUCAUCCCCGUGUGCUGGUCAGCCAACACGAUCAUCCGUGACUUCUACAACCCGAUGGUGGUUGAAGCCCUCAAGAGGGAACUGGGAGCUGCUCUCUAUGUCGGUUGGGCAGCUUCCGCGCUGCUUCUCCUUGGGGGCUCACUGCUCUGCUGUUCCUGCCCACCACGAGAGGACCGCUAUCCACCGCCUCGUAUUGGGUAUUCUGCCCCGGCCAGAUCCACUGCACCCCCAGGCAGCGGGAUUGACAAGCGGGACUACGUAUGAGUGGGGUGGUGAUGGUGGAAGUAGGCUUGCCAGAUGUUGCCAGGUCCAAACCCUGCCAGGAGUUGCUGGUGCAAGGACUUUCAUGGUAGAAAACUGGACCAAGGCUGAUUGGUCUGGGUUGAGCUGUGAUAUCUGGCAAUUCUGGAAUGUUUGUCUGUUUGUGUGUGUGUAUGACUGUAAGUGCUUGUGUGAGUGGGAAGACAUGAACAAACCGAUACACAAAAGAAUGAACAAACAGUAAUGAAAGAGAACAACAAACAGGAGGGGAGUAAAAGGUGCAGAGGUUGGGCAAAUGAGAACAGGAAGACAGACUGAUAAAGUAAUGUCUGAGUGAGACCAUGGUUAUGGUUAUGGGAAGUGUGUGGAUUGGAACCGCAGCAAUGGACAACUGAGCAAAGCAAGGAAAGACUGAGGGGUGGCAGAUUAACAUAUGAGAGAAAUUGGCACUGGAAGAACCCACCGCUUUAUUCACAACUGUGCCUUGAGAAUGUAUUGUAGAGUUCUGGUUUUUUUUUCUUCCCCAAGAAUGAAAGAAUGUGUGAGUGUGAUGGGAAAAUGAGAAAACCAGAGAAUGAGGGAAUGAAUAAUGAACAGGAGGAACAGGAUAAAAUGAAGAAAAGGCAAACUGAGUCCAAGCUUGACGGAAAGUACACGUGAGGGCAUGGAAAUUGUAGGAAAAGGGGAGUGUCUCACAUGAGGCCUGGUUUGUCACCUGUUUUCAGGAGAGGAGGAGGCAUGGCAUGGUGAACAGUGAGGGGAAUGUGGCAGGAGAGUCCCUGACCCUCUCAUGCUUUUGGACUGCUUCUAUUUGUUCUCUCGUUAAUAAUUUGCUUAUUCCCAGGGGCCCAACGAACAAAAGGGGCUGCUGAUCCCUUACAUCUCCCUUUCCAGCUAUCAUCUAUCACAACCUGCCUCAACUGGACUCAAGAGGAAUGGAUCUCUCUCACACAGACACGUGCAUACAUGCAGUGCUUUUUUGGGGGGGAGGGGGUGUAAAAAGAAGAGUUGCCAGUGCUUAUGUAUGAGGUUACACUGAAUUCCACCAAUUUCCCCCUCAGAACUUGUGACAGCCCAGCCCCCCACCCAAGGUGUUGGUACUCAGUACAGGUGAGUACCCCCCCCCCAAAAAAAAAGCCCUGGCUACACAAACUCAUUAGACCUCCCUCCUCUCACACAGCUGGCCUGAGAAGCCAGCUGCUCUCAACUUAUUCUAGUACAGAGGAUGAAUCUGGGGGAGUAGAAAAGAAGCAGAGUGUCCUCACAGAGGUUUCUCACUAAUAGGCAGGGGGCAGCUCUCUGAGGUGAUUACUUGACUGGAAUAAGAUAGCGCAUCAGCAGAACUCUUUUUGUGGUCCUCUUCCUUGCCUAGCUUUGUUUCGUCUUUCUCAAAACUGUGUUAUUCAGAUAAAACCAAAAUGUUUGUAA